UAGACUCGCGCUACCGGAGUUUUAGGUGACUGAUCAUUUUCUCCAUUUCCAUCCAUCUCUGAACAUGUCUUGCUGCGGAGGAAACUGCGGUUGUGGGUCUGGCUGCACCUGCGGCAGCGGCUGUGGAGGAUGCAAGAUGUACCCGGACUUGAGUUUCUCUGAGGGCGCCACCACCACUGAGACCAUCAUUGCUGGUGUUGCACCAGUGAAGACGCACUUUGAGGGAUCUGAGAUGGGCGUGGGAGCUGAGAACGGAUGCAAGUGUGGAUCCAACUGCUCGUGUGAUCCUUGCACUUGCAAAUGAGAAACCACUCCCUUACCGCCACCAGAGUAGAGACCACCGUAGAAGAAGGAAUAAUAGCAUAUGACGACCCUACGUGUUUGUGUCUUGAGUCCUGUAUGAUCAAGGUGUUUUUAGGAGUCUUCUAAAAUAAGGUAGUCAUGGCUAGGCUUCUGUUCUAGCAAAUCAUCAGUCUCUGGUUUGUUAUGGUUUCUACCAUGGCUGCUUAGUAUUUGGUCAGUGUAAUAAUAAUUAAAAAAAAAAAAAAGUACUGAUAGUAUGAAGGUCUCUGCUGGUUUUUCUUGAUUUUCAUGUCUGUGUUGGAAGAGUGCGAGUUUGAAGCAAUGAAUGACAACUCCUAUCUUCUAUAAA